AUGACCUUCACAGCCUUCGAACCAACCAUCAAGAAAUUCCAACAGGAACAAACUACACAUAAAGAACACAGGAAGAUGUCUUGGAAGACCAUCCAAUCCACCUUGGGCAACCUCGGCCAAAACGUGCAACAAGGGGUUGCUGGAUUAAAUAUCACCCAACAAACAGGCAAACUCUCGAAAAGCUUUGCCGAAUUUAGCCAAACUGCGCGCGAGCGUCUCGGUACUUUGGACCAGGAUGAUGUGACAGAGCUCCCCGAAGAAUACAAGGACUUGGAACGCCGAGUGGACGCAUUGCGCAAUACUCAUUCCUCCCUACUUCGUGUCGCGAAGGUCUAUGAAAGCGAGCCGUACGAUUAUCCGACUCAAAUCAACGAAUCUUUAACCGAAACUGCCACCAACAUUUCCCACACUCUGACUAGCUGGGCUGCUGCCGCGACCAAAGGCACUAAUUUACCGCCGAUCGAAGUACCCGAGAAGGUCCCAACCGAACACAAAACCUUGUCUCAUGCGCUCUCCCGCGCGGCCACCUCCGGCGCUCUCGAGCUGGGUUCGCCUGGGUCCUCGAAUCUCAAUGCUGCAGACAACUCUGGCGGAAACAUCACUGGCCUGAUGGCCAAGGUCCUCAAAUCAUACGCGAUGGUUCAAGCUCGUAUCGGCGACGAACGAUUGGCUCAGGAUGGCGCUAUCCAAACUGGCUUCUUGCAGCCCUGGCAAACCAGCCUCAAUCUCGGCCUACAAGCGGCCAUGAAAAGUCGUCAGAAUGUCCGAAGUGCUAGAUUGGCGCUCGACGCGGCUCGGUUAGCUCAAAAGAAUGCCCCCGAGGGACCUAAGAAAGAGCAGGCACGUAUAGAAGUGGACAACGCGGAAGAGAAGCUAGUGGCAGCGACAGAAGAAGCGAUCGAGUUAAUGAAGCGAGUCCUGGACGACCCCGAACCUAUCAGGGCUAUUGCCCAACUUGUCAAAGCUCAGCAAGCCUAUCAUUUGGCCGCCAGUGAUGCGCUCCAGGGUUUGAUCGGCGAAGUUGAAGAUGCCGCUGUGACGGCAGAAGCUGAGUUCCGGUAG